AUGAGCCGCAGAGACCGGGACCGUGAGGAGGAACUGCGAGAGAAUAUACGCAAAGAGAUCGAAGAAGAAUUACGGGCUGCAAAAGAGCUCAUAUCAGAAGGAGAUGGAAAGACCGCAUUACUUUCCACGUCCAGCUUCUCUGGCAGGACGCUGACCUCGGAGGAGCUCAAUGCAAUUGUUGCUUCUGACGAAUUCGUUGACUUCUUCGAGCGUUCGACAAAAGUCAUCGAAAAAGCACUUGAUCAAUACGAUAUUCUGACAGAUUACACUCUACAAGCACACGAGAUUGAUGAAGAUGAAGACCAGGGCAACACGGGGGGCAAAGGGCGGCGGAAGGUACGAGAAAUCCGACAGUUCUACGACGAGCGAUGGUCCAAGAAGCGUAUGAUCAGUGCCAUCGACUUCUCGCCCAAGUUUCAAGAACUUCUACUGGCCUCCUACACCAAGAACCCAUCCGCGCCUCAUGAUCCGGACGGCAUUGUCCAGGUGUGGAAUCUGAAUCUACAUGACAGGCCCGAGUUUGUCUUCCAUGCUCAAUCGGACAUUCUGACUGCUAAAUUCUCCCCUUUCCACCCCAAUCUCAUCAUCGGCGGGGCUUACAGUGGGCAAGUCCUACUCUGGGAUACAAGAGCGAAAUCUGCUCCUGUACAAAAGACUCCUUUGACAGGCUAUGGGCACACCCAUCCGGUAUAUGCCGUCGACAUUGUUGGCACACAGAACGCCAACAACAUCAUCUCAUGCUCUACAGAUGGCGCGGUCUGCGGGUGGAGCGUUGAUAUGCUUGCGCAACCGCAAGAGAGUUUGAUACUCACCACUCCGCCUCCCUCUAAGACCGAGGAUCUAAGUCCUACUUGCCUGGCAUUCCCCCAGGCGGAUCCCACUUUCUUCCUCGUUGGGAGUGAAGAAGGCACAAUUUAUCCUUGCCAUAGAUAUGACCGUGCUGGAGCGAAAGCUGGAGUGGACGCCCGCGUUAGCUACAAGGGCCACGCUGCUCCGGUCAUGUCGGUCGACUUCCACCCCGCUAGGGGUCCUGUGGACUUGGGCGAUCUGGUCCUUUCUAGUAGUCUGGACUGGAGCGUCAAGCUAUGGAAAGUGCGUGCGCCGGCUGCCACAUCCACCAUCUCAGGGGUUGGCGCGCUAGGCGAAGGUGCAGUAUCUCCUUUGAUGGAGUUUAUCAGGGAAGAUGUGGUUUACGAUGCAGCCUGGUCACCAGUCAAGCCGGGCGUGUUCUCGCUCGUCGAUGGUGCUGGAUGGUUAGAGCUUUGGGAUAUCACUGUGGAGACCGAAGAGCCGGUCGCGAGAAUAAGCCCAAGCCCAAGGAAGGAUGGUCGUACAAUGCUGUCCAAGAGUUUGAAUAAAAUCACAUGGGAGCAGCAAGAAGGAAAGAGGCUGGCCACCGGUGGGAUUGACGGCUCACUCACAGUUUUUGAAGUUGGACCGGAUCUGGGUGGCAAGGAGAGCCUGAAGAAUGAGGAGUGGACCAACGUAAAGAAGUUGGUCAACAGGGUAGAGGCUGUCGGCGUCAACGGUGUCACUGGUGUUUAA